AUGCUUCAUGCUGAAAGUAGAAUAAGGGUUUUGGAGUAUCAGGAUGAAGUUGCAACUGAACCAUGUUCUAAAAAAAUGAAGUCAACAGAAAGGGCUUAUGAGAAACCCUCUGAUGAUGAUAACCAAGGUAUUUGGGAGGAAGUGCACACUGAGAGAGCACCAGAUGAUUUGGUACCAGCAUAUGCCUCAGGUAACCAAUGGCAAUGUGAAAUGCAGAAGCAAGAGAAAAUACCUGCUGAGGUCUUGGGAGCACUGAAUGAAGUGCUCCCUGAAAAUAAUCUAGUGCUUAGUCAGCCAGUUCAUUCAGAAACUGUGCAGAACAUAAAUCCUCCGUUUGCAUCAAUAAAUGACACUGAAGUUGAAGAAAAGAACGACCCUUUUAUUACAAAUAGUGCUGGUGAAGAUAAUACUAAGAAUAGCAGUACAUCAUUCUCAUUAAAUAGAAAUGCAUCAGAUGAUGAGUUUUUUACAAGCAAAGAAUUUAUCGGACCGAUUUACAAGCCUGCUGAAAGUAAUGGACGGGACAAAUCUGGCAGUUGCAAUGAAUGUAGAAGCAAUGAGAGAGAUCAGAAUGAAUUGCAUGAAAAGAGGGCCAAAAUAAAGGAAGCAAAGGAGAUGCAGACUAUUUCUUCUGCUGCACCAGAAAUAGAUGAUGAACUGGACCAGUUCUAUAAGGAAAUUCACCAGCUGGAAAAUGAAAAUUUAACUACUAAUUUUCAGGAAAAAGAAACUGAAACUACUCAGGAACAGUGCUCUCCGUAUGACUGUAGUGAAACCUCGCAAGAGGAUUAUCAACGCCUGUCGUUGGGCAGCCCACAACCGUUUCAUGAGAAUGGACAGUGUUUCUUUGGGGAACAGAACAGUCAGAAAACAAGCAAUGAGCAGCAGUUUGUAGCAGAAACAAGUGGCUGGAAAACUGAUGGUACCUUUAAUGGACAAGUGGAUUCUAAAAUUUGGAACUACUCAGUGCCUGAAUUCAGACCUGCUUGGCAGUCAGCAGGGUCUUUUGUAGUACCUCAGGGACCUCCUCCUCCUCCUCCUCCUAGAUUCAACCAUCAGUUGCAUUUUCAGAUACUUAAUUCACCACCACAAGAAACAAAUGCUUUUCCUUCUCAGAAUGGUGAAGUUUUUUACAAAAAUUAUCAAGAUUACCGUGGAAAUACUGAUAUCAACAGUCAUGGUCCGUUGCCUGAUCAAGGUACCAAGUAUGCUGGUCAUACUGAUAUCCAUACUGCUCAGGUCUUCAGAAAUGGAAAUAAUGAGCAGAAUGGACUUCAAAAUAAUGGUUUCUGUGAAACCAGAGAAGAGCGUUGGAAGGAGCCAAAGGCUGACGGUACAGAAGGAACGCACAGCUUUUCUUCCUUGCAGUUGCCUGAAGGAAGGUUCUGCUCACAGAAAUGGCUCCUAAUCUUAAGAGGCCUCCCUGGUUCAGGGAAAUCAACACUUUCUCGGUAA